AUGCAGGAUCAUAAGCUUGAAAGGGAAAUGCGAGAGGUUGGAGAACUUUCAUUGGUAAAUGAUUCAACUAGUGAUGAAGAGAGUGAACUUGUUUCCCUCUCUCUUGGAAUUUCAUCUACACGUAAACAUGAGAAGAAGAAUAGAACUGAAAUGAUUAGAGAAAAAGAGGAUUUGACANAAGGACUUUCACUGGNAUUAGAUAUAAGAUUUGACCCUUCAGCUAUAAAAAAUCACAGCACUGAAAGUAGGUGUGAUGGGGAAAUGAAGGAAGAGGAACUCAGAGAGAUAUGGCCACCUAGUAAAGUUCUCAAGACAAUGAGAACUUGGGAUAAAAGUGAAGCUUCUCAACAUGCUGAAGUCAAGAAGGCUANGGUUUGUAUCAGAGCAAGAUGUGAUAACCUUACGAUGAAUGAUGGUUGCCAAUGGAGAAAAUAUGGACAGAAAAUAGCAAAAGGGAAUCCAUGUCCCCGAGCAUACUAUCGNUGCACUGUUUCUCCAUCCUGUCCUGUGAAAAAACAGGUUCAAAGAUGUGCUGAAGACAUGUCAAUCUUGAUUAGCACCUACGAAGGAACUCACAACCACCCUCUUCCUACUUCAGCCACGACCAUAGCCUACACAACUUCUGCUGCUGCUUCCAUGCUUCAAUCUCCUUCAUUGACCACACAACCAGGACUAGUCAAUUCAGAUACUGUCCCUCUCCUCAGUUCUAAUAAUGUUCUUUAUAACCUUAAUGCCCUAAACUUCACAUCAAGCUAUCACCACGUUUCAAAAUCACCACACUUAUUCUUCCACACCUCCUCUAUUUCUACCUCUAAUUCUCACCCCACAGUCACUCUUGACCUUGCCACUCCUCAAACUUCACCUCACAUUGCAAAUUUCACCCCAAGCUUGCCUUUCAUACCAAAAUAUUCAUCAACAAAUGUUGAUUUUCCCUCCAGUACUUUCUCUCCUUUGCAAUCUAGUGUGCUACAUUCACCUUGUUAUGGUGAUUACUUCAACUAUGAGGGAUUGAUCACCCCAAAUAGAAACCAUAUGAACACUGGAAAACAACCAUUCCUGGGACAUCUUUGUCGAUCUAAUAACAUUACCAACCAUUCAAUUUCUAAACAAUCUUUACCUGAUUCCAUUGUAGCUGCAUCCAAAGCAAUCACUGCUACCCCAAAAUAUCAAUCUGCUAUAUUAGCAGCUGCCCUCACAGCUUAUGCUGGUAAUGGGGUAAGAGAAAAUCAUGAUGAGGGCCAAAGUGCCGGUUUGGACUUAAAUCUAGGUGGAGAUAUGCCAUUCACAACCAACCCAGUUUACGCUAAUUUCAAUGCAUCAAGGUACAAGAGAAUGUCAUUUUCUGCUCCUACUGCUCCGAAAAUAAACUCGGUCAUAUUUCAGCCAUCACCUGCAUCUAAAAGUAACCUAUUGUUAGACCAAUAG